UGCAGCGGAUCCGCGGAGCUCCUGACACCGACCAUGCAGUCUGUGGAGUCACUGCAGCCCGGAGACGUCCCGCACCGUGGGAAGAGACGCACCCGGAGACUGUGGGUGUAUCUCGGCCUCGCCGUCGUCCUGCUGCUGUGCAUCACUGUGGCUGUGUUGAUGGUGACACUCCGUAAGGGAACAAACCCACUCAGAGAAACCUUUAUCAGCAGGUGCGAGCUUCUCCAAGGGUACAACUGCCAAGACUUAUGGGCUAAAUUCCAACAAGCCUACGUAGGCCAGGACCCUUGUAAGAUUCCCUGGGAAGCCUACGACCCUUUCAUCGCUGCAGCCAACUUCGAACCGGCAUGCAACAGAAUGAUGUUCUGGAGCAAAACAAAAGACGUGGUCCAUGAUUUCACUGACAAGCGCGAAUGUUUCGUCACCAUGGAGGACACUGUGCUGGGAUCUCUCCUGGAUGACCUGACAUGGUGCGGGAAAGAGGGCAGCAGUGAAACGUUUACGAGCAACUGCCCCGGCUGGACGGAAUGUGAGAACAACCCUGUUCGCUCGUUCUGGAGCAGAGCCUCAUCUGUUUUUGCAGACAAGGCCUGUGGCGAUGUCUCUGCGAUGCUAAAUGGAUCCCUCGUGACACCGUUCAGCCCCACAAGUAUCUUUGGCGGCAUUGAAGUCAAGAGGUUGAACUCCACCAGAGUGAAAAGCCUGAAAGUCAUUCUGGUCACACAGGAGAUCGCUGUGUCAAACUGUACAAAUGCAUCUUUUCAGGAUUUACAGAAAGAGCUGGAUGAAGGAAUUAAAUACGACUGUACAGAAGUGACUGAAUCUCAUCUCCAGGAGUGCAGCUCUGAUCCAGAGAAACCAUGCGGCCCCUGCUGGUGAAAGUUCAGUCAGAUUGUAAUGUCGGUCAAGAGAAAA